GCCUUCCCCCGCGGCGGCGGACGCGGGCCUGGCGGCGGCUCGGGGAGGCCUCGGCCGCGCUCCCCUGCGGCAGCUGGCGGCGGCCGGCGGGCCAUGGGGGGGAAGAGCUUCGGCCUCGGCGUCCUCAGCGUCCUGCUCCUGGCCGCCGCCUCCAGGGGCGCGGAGCCUCCGCCGAGCUGCGAGGGCGUCCGGAAAGUUUUCCAGCUGCGGCAGCUCGGCCCCCUCAGAGGCAUCCCGGAGUCCCCGCGGGCAGGGGUUGAUCUCCAGGUUUGUACUUCUAAAAAUCCAACAUGCUGUACCAAAAAGAUGGAAGAAAGAUAUCAGAUGGCAGCAAAGCAAGAUAUGCAGCAAGUGCUUCAAACAUCAAGCGCUACAUUAAAAUUUUUAAUAUCUCGUAAUGCAGCUGCUUUUCAAGAAACCUUUGAAAUGCUUAUCAGACUGGCUGAGAAUUACACAAGCACGCUUUUCUGCAAUGCGUAUAGAAACAUGGCUGCUGAGGCUACUACACGUGUUCAGGAGUUUUUCACAGAUGUUGGACUCUUCAUAUUUGGCACAGACGUUAGCACAGAGGAAUUUGUCAACAGAUUUUUUGACACCCUGUUCCCAGUAGUCUACAACCAUGUGAUUAACCCUGGUCUGACUGACAUUUCAGUGGAAUACGCGGAGUGCCUCCGAAUGGCGAGAAGAGACAUCAGGCCCUUUGGUAACGUUCCCAAAAAGGCCAUAGGACAGAUGGGAAGAUCACUGUUACCCAGCCGGGCUUUCUUGCAGGCUCUGAACUUGGGGAUCGAAGUGAUCAAUACAACGGAUCACCUGCAUUUCUCUAAAGACUGCAGCAGAGCUUUGCUGAGAAUGCAGUACUGCCCCCAUUGCCAAGGCCUGACUUUAAGUAAGCCCUGCAUGGGCUACUGCCUCAACGUCAUCCGAGGCUGCUUAGCUAACAUGGCAGAAGUUGACCUUCACUGGCGGGAAUAUAUUCGGUCCCUGGAGGAGCUCUCAAGUGCCAUGAGUGGGACGUACGACAUUGAGCACGUGCUUCUAAACUUUCAUUCACUUGUUAAUGACGCUCUCGUACAGUCUCGUACCAAUGGACCAGAAUUAUCUGAGCAGGUGAACAAAGUAUGUGGUCCUCCUGUAAGGAAGCCUACGCAGUCUCCAGGUUGCUCCUUUGAUCAGAACAAAGAUAAUCAAGUGUUGAAGGUGUUCUCAAGAGACAGUGAAGAAACUCUCACCAACAGAAGAAAAGAAUUUAUCAGCCACCUCCAGCUUUACAGAGCCUUUUACGGUGGCCUGGCUGAUCAGCUGUGCGGUAAUGAGUUGGCAGCUGCCGACGGACUCCCGUGUUGGAACGGAGAAGAUGUUGUAAGAAGCUAUACUCAUCGCGUGGUUGGCAGUGGAAUCAAAGCUCAGUCUGCAAAUCCAGAAGUAAAAGUGAAGGGAACAGAUCCUGUAAUAAGUCAAAUUAUUGACAAGCUGAAACAUGUUAUUCAGCUGUUGCAGGGCAAAUCAUUUCCUAAAUAUGAUAAAUGGGAUCUCCAACAAACAGGCAGUGGUGGAGGUGUAGAUGAACAAAUCAGUGGAGAUUGUGAUGAUGAAGAUGGUUGCGGAGGAUCAGGAAGUGGAGAAGUCAAAAAAGUCCUGAAAAUUACAAACUCAGGGAUGCCAGACAAGACGAGCCUCAGUGACGUAAAGCAAAUCCAUCAAACCAAUGAUGGCAGCACUUUAGACACAACUGGAGCAGGAUGUACAACAAUGGCUGAUUAUAUGACAUUUAUGCUGAUUAGUUUGGUAACACUAUUUCUCAGUCUUUGGUAACUGUUUAUCUCUAGCUUGAUAUAUGUGUCUCUUUGUCAUCUGUUUAUCCCCACUCACAAGCCUGGAAUAAGGGAUUUGGUGGGUAUAGCAGUAUUUAUGAUAGCUUGUGUAAUAUCAGCCUCUCUGAUCUUAGGCUUGAAUAUUAACAAAGUUGUUUGCGUAAUAUUUUUCCUGUGGUUUUUUUUUUAACACCUGUAUAGUCAUACAAAAUCAUGUUUCCUUUUAUAAUAUUUUACGUUAAAAAUAGGUUGACUGUGAUAAUCUUUCUUUUAAAAGCAAUUUUUAAAAAAGAGAUCACAGAAGCACCGAGUCCUGGAAUGGGGUCCUGGAGACCACCUAGACCAACCCUGUGCAGAGCACAGUCAACCAGAGCAAGCUGCCCAAGGCCGAGUCCAGUUGGCAUUUCAGUGUCUCCAAAGAUGGAGACUCUACAGCCUUUUGGGGCAACCUGUUCCAGUGCUCGAACACGCAUAGCAAAAAAAGUUUUUUCUUGCAUUUAAAUGUUAUCUAUUGUAUUUCAAUUUGUGCCCAUUGCCUAUUGUCCUGUCACUGGACACCACUGAGAUGAGUUUGAUUCUGUCUUCUUUACUCCCCUUAUCAGGUAUUUAUACACACUGAUAAGAUCCCUCCUGAAUCUUCUUUUCUCCAGGCUGAACAGUCUCAGCUCUCUCAGCCUCUCCUUGUAUGAGACAUGUUCCCAUCCCUUAAAAAUCAUCAUAACCCCUAGCAGAACUCUGUCCGGUAUGUCUACAUCUCUCUUGUCCUUGGGAGCCCAGACCUGGACACAGCACUGCAGAUAUGGUCUCACUAGUGCUGAGAAGAGAUGGAGGAUCACUUUCUUUGUCCUGCUGGCAAAAUUUUUCCUAAUUCAGUCCAGGAGCCUGUUGGUUGUCUUUGCUGCCAGGGCUCACUGUUGACUUAUGUUCAACUUGGUGUUCAUCAGGAUCCCACAGGUCCUUCCCUGCAAAUCUAUUUUCCAGCUAGUUGUCACCAGCAUGCACUGGUGCAUGGGGUUAUUCCUCCCCAGAUGUAGGACUUAGCAUUUUCCUUUCUUGAACUUCAUGAAGUUCCCAUAAGGCCAUUUCUCCAGCUUGUCAGGGUCCUUCUGAAUGGCAGAACAACUAUCUAGUGUAUCAGCCACUCCUCCCAUUUUUGUAUCUUCUGUGAGAAUGAGCUGAGAGGGCAAUCUGUUGCAUCACCCAGGUCAUUAAUGAAUAAGUCAAACAGUAUCAACCCCUAGGGUAAACCAAGAGUAACUAGUCUCCAUGUGGACUUUGUGCUGCUAUUCACAACCUUACAUACAACUGACAGCAAUACAUACAACUGACAGCAACUGAUGAAACAGUUGCUCAGCACUUUAUGAAUUUUGUAUUAAAGUCCUGCCUUCUGGGACGUGAUCCCUGUAAAACAGAAAAUGUUGAAUUUGCCCUUCUCUCUUUCUCCAAAAAGGAAAAAAAUUCCGUAUUGUAAACUCAUCUAAUUUUAGAAGGAAUUACUUUUCAUAAUUCAGAAAAACUACAUGUUAAAUACUGUGUAUGUAUACACAGAUAAGCAUAUAACUGCAUUUUAUCUAGAGGUAACAGCAAGGUUAGGAUUCAAUGGUGGAUUAAGAUGUCUCAAUCUAUAUGUCUACAUGCAGAUAUUUAUAUAUGUUCUGUAUAUCUAUUACAUAUGUGUAAUAUAUCUAACCUGUCACUGCAGUCAGUGGAAACACAGGGUAACAUUCAAUUGGUAAAAUACCAGCAACAAGUGCCAGUUGAGGUGCUGUAAGAAAACCCACCUUGUGUCCAACUACUGCUCUGAAGGGGCUCAGGCCUUUCUGUGGCCAAGUGACCUGAGCCCUUUCUCAACACAGUCGAUGAAGCCCAGUGAGUUAUUCAGCUCAUAUGAAGAUAGACACCUGAGAAAGUAACUCAGUUGCCCAAAAGCAAGUGUCUGGUGCCACCUAAGAUUUCUUGGCAUAUCCAAGACAUCCUCAUGGGACUGGUAUAUAUGACACAGGACUUAUGUGAAAUUCCAGACACUUCCUUAAAUGGGAGCCAUCCAGAGUGGCAGCUGGUUGCUAAGUGCGAUAUCUUUGUGUAUCUCACUUAGAUCUAGACAUGCAUAUGUGGGCCUGUGAAUCAUAUGCCAGGUCUCCAUCAGUAACAUUGGGAGCUUAGAUAACUAGCUGAGGUGGUGACACAUGAAUGCAAAUCCGAACCACAACAUGAAUCCCAGCACAAGUUCUUAUGCUCUACACAAUGAGGUAAGCUAAAGUAUUCCACAGUACUAAUGGCACAUUAAAUAUUACUGUUAUAAGAUUUGAUUAUCCUGCCAUGACUAAUUCCCAUGUCAUUUUAACCAGAAAGUAUUUAAGAAUAUUUUGUAGUUAUUUCUCCUUUACAGUUCUUUACAAGAGAAAAAAAAAAAGUACAGUAUUUUAUGCACUCAUAGUGUAUCUAGAACUCUUCCUAGACUGUAAAAAAAAAAAAAUUUAUAUGAGACUAAUAUAAAGAAACAUAUGUAAAUAUUUUUAUUCCCAAAUGCAUUCAUUAAUCAUUAGUGCACAUAAUAUAACAUAGAGGUAAACAGAUAUAAAAUUUUAAAAAGCAAGUGAACAUUCCUAAGAGUAAUUCCAUGCCCAGAUAAACAUCAUUAGUAGGCAUGUGUGCUAGCGUGUACAUUUUACUUGACCUCUUUUUUUAUUUUGCAGGUUUUGUAAACCUGUCCAUCAAAUUCACUUGUCUUGUCUCAGCAUACACUGCAAUUACAACAUCCGUAAUUCAGGGAGAGGAAAUCUGAUUUAGUUCUUUUCUUUUUUCAUACCAGCUCAAACCAUCAGUCAAUCUAGUCUAGCAAUGUUUUUUUGAACAAUGACCAGUACCAACCACUUCAAGAAAAACAGAAUAAAGCUUUGAAUAGGAGAUUCAGACACAGAGAAAAAAAUUUACCAAUAUCCAUUACUUACUUAGAAUUUUAUUUAUAU